UACGGUAUUAUUUAGCGACGUUACUAUUUAUAUUGCAAACUGUAUUUGUCUGACAGAGUUGUUUAUCUAAUUUCACAUAACGUUACACGUUUAUUUUGACGUAAUUAAAUGUCACUUUUAUUCACUUGCUGAAAUAUAUAUAAAAAAAUAACAACAUUUUGAGUCAACGUGCAUACAGAAAAUGUAAUAAAAACUAGAAAUGGCUGAUAAGGAUAGAUCAAUAAGUGUGCCCAUAAUCCAAUUUAAAAUUAAUAAUAAUAAUCAUAACUAUCAAUAAUGGUAAAUGCGGAGUUAAUUUUAGUAAUGACACAAAGGGUAAUUACGACUCUAAAUCUGCCAAAUGGGCAUGGUUAAUUUUUAAAAUAGCUAAUUAAUGUUCAACAUUAAAUAUUAAAUAAAAUUAUAGUCUUUGGUUUCUCAUUAUACAUGCAAUUAUCCAUUGAAUACACAAAAAUAUCCAGGUUUUGUAUUAUUGUGUUUGUCAUUCGUCAUUAUGGGUGUACUGGAGUCUUUGACAUUAAAUAAAGAGUAAAGGGUAUUUCAUGUUCCCGUGCAGUUUACACAAAUAAAUGUGUUUGUUCUGGCUGUGUCAGGUGUUGUGGUGCUGAAGUUCAGCUGUAUAGAAUGCCCAAGCGUUGUCCACGGCAACAGUAACUAUGAUGACAUCUCCAUCAGUGUCCAUGGAGGAUUACCAGGAGGCUGAACAGAUGCAAGUAGGUGAAAAGGCAGAGGAGAGGCUGGAGGAAGAGGAGGAGGAGACAGGAGAAGAGGAGGGCAGCUCGGCACUUUCUGAGCCACAAACUCCUAUGGAGGUCUACAAGACGGCCAUUUACAGACACCCAUUGUUCCCUUUGCUGGCGCUGCUUUUCGAAAAAUGCGAGCAGUCCACCCAGAGCUCAGAAUGCGUCACCUCGGCCAGUUUCGACGUGGACAUCGAAAACUUUGUACGAAACCAGGAGAAAGAAGGCAAGGCUUUCUUCAGUGAGGACCCCGAUUUGGACAAUCUGAUGGUGAAGGCUAUCCAGGUGUUGCGGAUUCACCUGCUGGAGCUGGAGAAGGUGAACGACCUGUGUAAAGAUUUCUGCAGCCGCUACAUCGCCUGCCUCAAGACCAAGAUGAACAGCGAAACUCUGCUUAGCGGGGACCCAGGAAGCCCCUACUCCCCAACACAGACACAGCUCCCAAGCUCCUUCUCUGGAGCUGUGAGUCCUCAAGGUAUCGUAGUGCCUGCGUCGGCUCUACAGCAGGGCAAUGUUACGGUUACUGCUGUAAACCCAACACAAGUGGUGUCAGGUGGCACUGUAUAUCAGCCCGUGACGGUUGUUACUCCGCAGGGGCAGGUGGUCACGCAAACUCUGUCACCUGGGACAAUACGUAUACAGAACUCACAGCUUCAGCUCCAGUUGAACCAGGAUCUGAGUUUUUUCAGUCAGGACGACAGCUCAUCUAAGGCCAAGAGAGGCAUUCUGCCCAAACACGCCACUAAUGUCAUGCGAUCUUGGCUCUUCCAGCACAUUGGCCACCCUUAUCCUACAGAAGAUGAGAAGAAACAGAUUGCCUUGCAGACCAACCUGACCCUCCUUCAAGUUAACAACUGGUUUAUUAAUGCACGGAGACGGAUCCUCCAGCCCAUGUUGGACGCCAGCUCUUCAGACACGCCCAAGAACAAAAAGAAGACACCCCAGACACGCCCCCUUCAGCGUUUCUGGCCCAACUCCCUCGCCUCCUCCGUCUCCCAGCAAGAAGUUACAAUGGAAGACGGUACCACCGUAACAGUAGGUGUGGGGGAGGACGGCCUGCAGACGCUCACAUCAGAUGGAGCAACGCUGGCCAUGCAGCAGGUCAUGAUGGGAGGUCACAGCGAGGACGACGAUGAAGACGACGACGAAGAUGACGACGACAGCGAUCCUUCUCACUCCGACAUGACCAGGCUGGGCCUGGAGACCAGCGACUCACUGUAGUAGGACUGAACAUUUGAACAUGCACACACAAACACUCAUUUAGGAUCAUUUCAGAGCACUAAAGUGGAGAAAUUAAAGAAAGAGAGAGAGACACACCUCGGCUGAUUUGUUGAAGGUCCCUAAAUACUUUCUCAAGUUGUCAAACAGCUUGCUCGAAGUAGAGAAACGGCUUAAAGCCACACACAAAGUGAAAAGCACAAGCACGCAGUCAAAAUCUCUCACAGGCAUCAUUUCAAUCGCAAGAACUGCGACGCAGUUAGCCGAGUGCACUUUUUGUAUAAUAGUGUAAACUAAAGCAUUCAAAGCACAGUUUAAAAGAAGCUAUAGGGAAAAUGUCAAUGCUGAAUGAUGAUUAGGCUGUAUUUACCCUCAUCGGUUUUAUGACAAUGAGAUGUCGUCUCUUGCAUGCCUGUGUUUGCGUUCAUUACCAGGCACUAGAAAAAGAAGGAACUAUUUUUAUAGUACAGUGUCAAAAAUGAUCGUGCCAAUUUUUCUUUUGUUUUGCUCUGGUUUGCAAUGUUUUGUAAGGAGUAUUUAUGUAUAAAAAAGACAAAAAAUCGACUUUUAAUGUGGUCGCCCUGUUUUUUGGGGUUUCGGUUGCCGUAACUACUUAGUACAAAGUACAAAGAAAGAGAUUUUGCAAAGUUAUCCACUGAAGGCGAAGACUCGAAAGCCUUACAUUUAUACAUUUCUAAUGUGAGACGUUGCGAACAUCACAUCGAACUGACCAGCGAUGUCACUUCCUGUGCAAUCGAGAUGGAAGCGAGAAACGCUUGCCAGGUUGUGAUAAUAUUUAUGACAUUUAAUGCCUGUAAUUGUUGUGUGAGAAUGAUAUAUUACUUUAUGAAGGUGAUUGCUUUUUUAAUUAUUAAAUUGCAAAAAAAAGUUGAUGCUGUAACACCUUCAUCUCAAACAUUUAUGAUUUUAUGAGUUGUCAUAGACAGUUUCGGAUGUUUUGUCAUUGUAAGAAACAUGUUCUUGACCACAAGUGGUGGAGUCAUUUUCUCAAUAUCUUAAGACUGCAUGAUUUUUUCUUUAUUGUUGUAUAGAAGCGUAUAAUAUUUUGGGGGGAAGUGCUUUAUGCCCACAACAGACUACACAAAUCAUUUCAUACAGUAAGUGUUAUAUUUCAUCAAGUUAAAAAAACAUCAAUAAAGGUUUUUGCAUUUUACUUUAAAGGAUUAGUCAAUAAAAAAAAAAAAUUCCAGAUAAUUUACUCACCACCAUGUCAUCCAAAAUGUUGAUGUCUUUCUUUGUUCAGUCGAGAAGAAAUUAUGUUAUUUGAGGAAAAAAUUUCUCAUUUUAAUGGACUUUAAUGGACCCCAACUCUUUAUACUUUUAAUGCAGUUUAAAAUUGCAGUUUCAAAGGACUCUAAAUGAUCUCAAACAAGGCAUAAGGGUCUUAUCCAGCGAAACGAUUGUCAGUUUUGGCAGCGCGACCUCACGUAAUACGUCAUCACGUCAAGAUGUCACGGAUGACGUAUGCGAAACUACGCCCCAGUGUUUACAAGUGUGGAGAAAGAGGACCGUUCUGCUUUGUUGUAUGUUGAAUGAUACUAAUUAAUGUCUUUGUGUCAGUUUAUUGUUUAAAAUGGUCCGCAAAUGUGCGUUUUAUAUAUGUAGCAUGUGACCUCAUUACGCAAUUGAGGUCGUGCUGCCGCGUCACACAACGGGAGGAAGACGAGAAGUUGUGGUUUAAAAGUGCAUAUUUUUUAUUUUUCUUGCCAAAAAUGACAAUCAUUUUGAUAGAUAAGACCCUUGUGCCUAGUUUGAGAUCGUUUUGAGUCCUGUGAAACUGCAAUUUUAAACUGCAUUAAAACUGUUAAGUGUUGGGGUCCAUUAAAGUCCAUUAAAAUGAGAAAAUCUUGAAAUGUUUUCCUCAAAAAAAAAAUUCUUCUCGACUGAACAAAGAAAGACGUCUACAUUUUGGAUGACAUGGUGGUGAGUAAAUUAUCUGGAUUUUUUUAAGAAAAUUGACUAAUCCUUUAAGGUUAAAGGAAUAAUUCAUCAAAAAAUGAAUAAUUUUCUCAUCCUCAUGUUGUUUUAAACCUGUAAGAGUUUUUUAUUUUGAUAAACACAAAAUAAGAUAUUUUGAUAAAUGAUGGUAAGCACACAUUGCCUUCCAUAGUAGGAAAAAAGUAUUUUGAUAAAUUAUGAAGAUGAUUUUUAAUUAAUGAUGGUAAGCACACAGUUGACGGUACCCAUUGAAUUCCAUCGUAUUUGUUUUUUCUACUAUGGAAGUCGAUGGUUACCAUCAGCUGUGUGCUUACCAUCAUUUAUCAAAAUAUCUUCUUUUGUGUUUAUCAGAAAAAAUAAAUUUUUACAGGUUUAAAACAACAUGAGGAUGAGUAAAUGAUGACAGGAUUUUCAUUUUUGGGUGAAUAUCCCUUUAAAAUCUUCCUUAAAAGAUGUCACUAAAAUGUUCACACACACACAAAUACAGUAUAUAUAUUCAGAUUGAUUGUUAUUUAGGAUAUUCAGUAUGUGCUUUAGGCUGUCUAUUCUGAGUGGCUUUUCAUUGCAAGCAUUAGUCUUGUGAUGGCAUCAGUCAUAUGAAACCCGAAACACAGUCCGUUAGCUUAGCAUGGGGGGUUAAACGCUGCACUGUGGGCUUUGAGCAUUUUUCUCUUUGCUUAUAUAAACGCUUCUCUCUCACACAAACACAGAUUUGCCUUUCAGACUCUUUGUUUUGUAAUAAAGAACACUGUACCUGAGGAACAUUUUGUUGCGUUUUAUUU